AUGGUACAUCUACGAACAGAUAUCGGUGCAACCAACCCCAAUGCACCAUUGCAUCCUGAAGAGAACAGCACGUAUGCCAAAGAACUCACCUGCGAUGUUCUCAUCGUUGGUGCCGGUUUCGGUGGUGUCUAUCUGCUACACAAGCUUCGUGACGAGGUCGGUCUGAAUGUCAAGAUCUUCGAAGCCGCAAACGAGCUUGGUGGAGUUUGGCGAUGGAACUGCUACCCAGGAGCCCGUGUCGAUACACAAGUCCCUAUUUACGAAUACUCGAUCGAGAAGGUCUGGAAGGACUGGACAUGGACUCAGAAGUACCCUGACUUCAACGAGCUUCGUGAUUACUUUAUCCAUGUUGAGGAGACUCUUGAUAUCAAGAAGGAUGUCAGCUUCAACACCCGUGUCAUUGGCUCUCAAUUCGACAACGAGUCCAAGACUUGGACUGUCAAGACCGAGGACGGCCGCACUGCAAAGUGCAAGUACUUGAUCAACGCCAUUGGGUUCGCAGCCAAGCGUCACUUCCCUGACUGGAAGGGUCUUACCGACUUUAAGGGCGAGUUGCACCACAGCUCUUUCUGGCCCGAUGAGGGUGUCGACGUCAAGGGCAAGCGCGUUGCUGUCAUUGGCACUGGCAGUACCGGUAUCCAAAUCGCCCAGGAGACAGCANAAGAUGCUGCCAGCGUUACAGUCUUCCAACGCACACCGAACCUUUGCUUGCCCAUGCGUCAACGAGACUUGACCAAGGAGGAGCAGCAAAACGCUAAGGCAGAGUACCCCGAUAUCUACCGCAACCGCCUCACCACUUUCGCCGGAUUCUCGUACGACUUUGUCGAGAAGAACACAUUCGAUGACGACGAGGAAACACGCGAGAAGUUCUACGAGGAGCUGUGGGAGGAAGGCGGCUUCAAGUUCUGGCUUGCAAACUACAAGGAUCUGCUGUUUGACAGCAAGGCCAACGACCAAGCUUACAACUUCUGGGUCAAGAAGACCAGAGCUCGUAUUGCCGAUCCUCGCAAGCGUGAUAUCCUUGCUCCUCUCAAGGCUCCCCAUGCCUGGGGAACCAAGCGUCCUUCUUUGGAGCAGAACUUCUACGAGUUGAUGGACAGAGCCGAGAACGAUGUUGUCAACGUCAAAGAGACUCCCAUCACCGAGUUUACCGAGACCGGUAUUGUUACUAGCGACGGUAAGCUCAGAGAGUUUGACAUCAUCGCUCUCGCUACUGGCUUCGACUCUGUUACUGGUGGUAUGAAGAACAUGGGUCUGAAGGACACUGAAGGCAAGGACUUGUCCGAGAGAUGGAAGAACGGUACCUGGACAUACCUUGGUAUGACCUGCAAUGGUNUUCCCCGUAAGUGCUUCACCGCUAUUCCUUCCAACCAUAUACAACAUUACUGA